AUGCCAAGUCUCCAGAAGACUAUCGCCGUCGUCGUGCUUCUCUUCUGCCUACUCCUGGCUUCUGAAGCAAUGCUUCCCGUUGAAAUUUGUCUGAAAAAAUUGGAAAGAAUGUGUCGGAUUUUGAGCAACACUGAGCAAUGUCAACCGUCCAACAAGAUCAGUGAGCUGACGGCCCUCUCCGAUUGCUGCACCGACACUUGCUCUUUCGAGGAGAUCAAACUCGCGUGCUGCUCUGUACUGUAA